AGUUAAUAUGCAGGAGAUUUAAUAAAAGAGAGAUGUGUAUAAUGAGGGAUGGUCUGAUAGAGAAUUAGAAGAUAAACUAAGUACUCUUUUUUUGUAUUUAUAGAAUUUUCGACAAAGAUUACAUUGUUAGCAUUAAUUUUAGCUAUAAUCUUGAUAAUAGUGGCAUUUACCUUUUUCAAUAAAUAUUCGCUGACGAUAAUGAUGUUACUCUUGCUUUCAGGAAUUGCUACGGUUGUUUUAAGUGUAAUUCCACAUAUUAAAUUUGAAUUUAGGGGGUGAUUAUGUACUGGUUCAGCACGAGUAAAACCAUAGAGGAAUCAGAGAGUUAGUUGCAAUAAAGAAAAUUUUAUAUAGAUACAAGAAUUUCAGCAGUCGUAUUUUUGGGUUCAUUCAUCAAUAUUUUAUAUAAUAUUAUUUUGCUAGUGUUCAUAGUAUUUUGGUACAGGAUAGGACAGGACUAUUAUUAGGCUAAUCAUUCAGUUGAUGCCAGUAUUGCAUACAUGAGUGAUUACAAGAUUGGAGUGAUUUUGGGAUUUCCUAUUAUGAUAUUGAUAAGUUUGAUCUUGAUGUAUGUGGCAUUCACUAGUUAUAUAACAAUACCCCAAAAGUCAUAAUUGAGACUAUGCAUUUAUGUGUUUGCAUUAUCAACCAUUCUAAUAGCAUCCUUGGCCUUGAAUCAAGCAAACCAAGCAUCAGCUGAUAUAUCAACACCCUACUCACCCCUAUUAGUGUCAAGUGCCUUUUCGCUGUUUAAAACAUUGUCUGUGAUCUCCUUGAUUACAGCUGCAUUCGCUUUCCUAAUUACUUUUAUCUAUAGAAGUAGUCUAUUUGAAACAAUUGGAUAUGCUAACCUGAUAUUGAUAUUUUUAAUCACUGCUUGUUCAUUUUACAUCAUAAGACAAAGUGAAUAGAUGAGAUCAGCCUACAUAAAUCAGUGUGGAUAGGAGAUGCGCAACACUCACUAAGAUUGGAUAAAGGAAAACGCGAGUUGUAACAAAUAUUAGGAACAAAACAAUUGUGAUCCCUAGUAUUAAUCAAUAUUCUGGGAGAAGGAUAGUAGCUAAUAGUGUUUAAAUGUAUCAUGUUGUAAAGCAUUCUCCGAUUCAAUGUCUAAGAACAUAUUUUAUACAGGCUUCUUCUCAUUAUUACUAGUAAUAAGUGGAUUUGCCUUAUCUACAGCUUUACUGUAAGUGGAUACAAGUUUGAAGGGAAUGUAGAUACCUAAUAGAAAAGAAGAUUGGACUUUUGUAUUAAUUGGAAUAGUGGUGCUUGUAUUUUCUAUUUUACUAAUUUUUGGAUCUGCAACAACUCCAAAUUAAAAAGACAUCAUAGUCGUUGCAAAUCAAUAAGUAAUCAAAGCCAAUAAUAAUCCUUUGGUCUACCCUACAGGAAUAGAGAAUGUCACUGGAUGUGAGCCUUUUAUGGAUGUGUAUAAAAAACAGAAUAACAAUAAAGAAUUGGAAUUAAAUGAAGAUUCAAGAUUGACCAUUUUGGCCCCAUAGAUGUAGUUAGUGGUCACAGAGUAUGUGAAUUCAGCCAAAGUCUCUUAUAUUCCAAAGGAAAUGAUAAAAAAUGUAUUUUACACUUCUGCUAGUAGAAGUGAUGGGAUAUUUGGAGUAGAGGGAGAUAAAGGGGAAAUAAAAAAGAUAUUAUCCAACCAUAUUCAGAUCUGCAGUGAGGGUAAUAAAAAGCAAUUGACAGUUGAUAUAUUUGCCUUAUAGAGCAGUAGAUUGUUAUGGUAAAAGCAUAAAGUACAUGCAACAGAAGAUAAGUCAUUUAAUCAGGAAGCGAAAUAGUACAUUAGUAAGAACUUGAAGUUUACUAAUUUACAGAUCAAUAUUAUUGAUAUACAAUCUGGAUUAGAAUUAGAUGAUGUUAUUUUGUAUUUUUAUAAGAAUGAAGAUGAUUGCGGUAAAAUUAAGCCAAUACCUUAGCGAAUAAGUAAUUAUAUUAGUUUAAUCUUGAAUAGUCACUGUAAAUCAGAAUAGUGUGUUAUACAAUAUGGUUGUUAGAGAUUACUACUUCGGGGCUGAGAAGAAAGGAUAUUACUUAUAUUGCAAUAAGUUUAAGAAUUUAGAAGCUACUAAAAGCUUAGAUGUCACAAUGAUUCCUAGAAACACAAUCAAGGGGUAAUUGACAGUUACCUUGGAAGUGCCUAAGCAAGAGAAGUUCAAUGUGUUAUUAGGUGCAGCUUAUCCAGAAUGUGUUGUUGGUUUUUUCAAUGAGAAUUGUGGGGGUAUGCAAUUUUAUGGAAGCAAAACUGCUUAGUCUAUUUAAAUUAAUUAAUUGGCUGACAGGAAGUAUACUUUUUUUGUAAAAUUUGAUCCAAUAGACUCCAAACUGAAGGAACUCAACAAUAAAAAGUCAGAAGGGUUGUAGAUUGAUUCGUCGUUGAUUGACAAUGAACCAAUUUUCAAAGAGAUGAAACCGGUUGUCACUCUCUAUGGUUAUGAGUAGGAGAGACCCAUAAUUAGAUAUUCAUUGCCUUAAGUAAGUAAUUUGAAUAAAGAACCUAAUUUAACUUGGUUGGUGCUGUGUUUGGAUGGAGGGAUUGGAGAUAUUUCUUAAAAGUCUUGUGGGUAAUUUUGGAGGUAUUCUGAGAAUCCGAAUAAAUACGAGAGAGCUGAAAAUUCAAAGGAGAUUUACCCAUAGGUUUGCAAUAAAUUAUGA